AUGUCACCACCGCCUCGCCGCGGUUCAGGCAAAGGCCGCGGACGCGGGGGUCGAGGAGGUGACCGCGAUCGCAGUAGUAGCAGCGGCGCAGGCAAUGACAGCUCGAGCACGAAGCCUAAGAAGCGUGAGCGAGGCAAUAGUGGAAACAAGCGCGGCGGAGGACGUGGGGGCGGUGGGGGGUCGUCCUCUGCUUCGUCGUCGGCCGUUACCACGUCCGCUAGACCCACGCGUGCCGUAACGACGGUGCUGAAGAAGCUGGUAGUGCGCAAUAUUCCCCCGACGGCUUCGGAGCAGGAAGCACGUGGGCUGCUGCAUUCGCAUGGGGUGGAGGACGAGUUGAUCUGGCGCUUCGUUCCUGGCCGUAAACGCAGCAACAACCGCCCACCGACGCCCGCACGUCUCUACGUGGACAUGAAGAAGGAACCAGAGAGGGCGCGCAAGCUCAUUGCAUCGCUACACGGGCAAUUCUUCUACCCAGAGACGAAAGAUAAGGACGGGGUCAAACCGCUGGACGUUGAGUUCGCUCCUUUCCAAAAAGUUCCACGCGAGAAGCAGCGCAAAGACGCAAAAGUUGGGACGAUCGACCGUGAUCCAGAGUACAUUGCGUUCCUGGAGGAGCUGGCCAAGCCCAAAGACAAACUUCCGAGUGCUGAGGCGCUUGUGGAUAUAGCGGAAGGUGAGACGGUGGAGAAGCCAGUGGCUGCGUUGGUCAAGUAUUUGAACGAGCGAAAGAUUCACAGUCGCGACAAGGGCAAAGGAAAAUCUGGUGGCAAGUUGGUUGACAAGAAUGGGCGUCGACUGAAGGGAAAGAAGGAUGGAACGAAGCAGAAAUCGACGAAAGACAAAUCGAAAUCUUCAAGGGAUCGUCAGAAGAAGAACUCUGGUGACGCGGCUAAUGCUCAAGAUCCCAAAAAUCGCAAGCAACGUGGAAGAGCAUCAUCGAAGAAGGAGUCGACGAAGGAAUCGAAGACAGAGCCUAAUCAGCCUGGAAUGUUGCGUAUCAUGACCACUAAAGCUGCUAUCGCGGCUAGCGAUUCUUGCCCCGCACCUGCUGCGAAGGUGAACGGAACUACUGCAUCUGCUGACACUCUGUCGGAACGCGGGUCUGAUAAGCGUGGCCCCAAGCCUGGCAAGAAAAAUGCUGGCCGUGGACGCAACAACCCCAAAAAGGGUAAAGAUGGUGGUGAUGGAGGUGACGGUGAAGGUUCCAGUAAGACCGACGCGAAGUCUCAUCCACGUCGUAAAGGAGGAAACAGUGGCAAGAAGGAGCCAGGCAACAAGGGAGAGCGGAAGAAGAAAGUGUUUGCGCCGAAAGACGCCACUGCGCAAGGCACACCUGCCAAGAGUUGA